AUGGCGACACAACAGACAGCAACUUGGGAAGGACAUUACUUUGCUUUCAACGAAAAGCAAUCCGAUGUCCUAGGUCAGCUGUCCACUCGUUUGGGUGUGCAGGCAUCCCUUUUGUCGGCACUUCGCAUCUUGCACUAUCGACUUACCGCUUCAGAAGCGGUAUAUUUGCCAGUCAAACAGCACAAUGCAGACGGCACAGCAUCUGAAUCCUUUCUCUCCAACGACAUUGACGGGAACUCGAAGAUAGCCGAUGUUCUUGAACAUGCCCAAAACGCCCUGGUGUCUGCGAAAGAGCGGGGACUGAAGCAGGAUGGCCAUGACAUUCCCGUUACUACUAGUUUCUGCUUUGAGCACUGGGACGAGGACGAGGGUUACAGCGGUGAUGCAUCUCCCGAGACUCCCAUGGACGCCACCGGUUCUUGGCAAUUCCGUGGCACGAGUGGAUGCUGUAUCGUUUACAGUCCAUCACGACAAAGCCAGCGGGCCGUCGAGUCGCUAGCAUUGGACUAUGCUGAUAUACUGGACGCAGUUCUCUUUGACCAAGAUAAGAUGAUCUGCAAGGUAUCGUUUCACGGCGUUGUUGAUCGCCUGCAGCCCCUGGGAGCACUUCGAGCACCCAAGGCUGAUCCCGUCCCCGAGAAUCUGAUUGCCGGUCUCCAGGACAGCGUUACUCGACACGGGACAGCAGCUGCACUUGUCGACAAGGAAGUUUCCCUGACAUAUGAAGAGCUCGAUGACUUUUCAUCUUUCUUGGCUGCCGACAUUCUAUCGCGGCGUGGGGAAGAGCAUUCCUCGGAUCGCUUCAUGGCUCUAUGCAUUCGCCCGAGCGCAUUAGCUAUUGCGGCAAUUGUUGCAAUCCUCAAGACAGGAUGUGCCUACGUUCCUCUUGACGUUCGACAGGCGUCCGAACGCACAGUUGGUCUUUUGGAAACAGCGGAAAAUCCAUGUGUUUUGGUAACCAAGGAUUCUCCCCAAUUCCUCCUCCAAGAAGGUUUUCCGGCCCCUGUACUCGACAUUACAUGCUCGCUGGAGAAAUGGAGAACAUCUGACCGAGCCCAUCGUGCCCAAUUUGUUGUGGCUUCCCCGAGCGUCAAUGAUAUCGCAUGUCUGCUGUUCACUUCGGGGACCACUGGCAGACCCAAGGCUGUGAGGAUCCAGCACAAGAACAUCCUGUCACUAGCCACCAACGGUAGUAUCCUCCCCAUCUACCAUGGCGACAAUGUUUCCCAGAUGACCAAUCUGGCAUGGGAUGUUCACAUGUCCGAGAUCUGGGUAACUUUUAUCCGAGGCGCUACAUUGUACAGCUUCGAUCAAGCCGAAGUGCUCGAUCCCGUGGCACUGACAGAGCGUGUCCGUGAUUGCAAGAUCACAACGACCAUUCUUCCGAAUGCGCUGGUCCGCCACGUUCUUAACGAGAAGCCCGAGUUUUUCCAGCACAUUCAGCACAUACUCAUGGGCGGAGAGAUGGCCAGAUUCGAGCAGUUCAAUAAGAUCAGGGCACAAAAUCCCAACAUCAGUAUGAUCAACGCUUACGGUCCGACCGAGUGCUGUGUUGUGGUCACCGCGAAUCACAUUUUGCCUUCUCACGAUAUACCUACCGAGGGCAAUAUCCCAAUAGGAGGCGCUCUCGACUCGAUGCAGCUCAUCAUUCUGGAUGACCAGGAUCGCCUGGUGCCACCUGGAGUGGUUGGCAACAUUUUUAUCCGCGGCCAAGGCGUUGCAGAUGGCUACCAUAAAUUAGAUACCGCCAGUGAUGCAGCUUUUGUUCACAAGACACUUCUCGAUAUCUCUGAUCACCCAAUCAGAUUAUAUAACUCGGGUGACAGAGGACGCUGGAACUGGGACGGACAGAUUGAGUUCCUGGGACGCAGCAACGCCGACCAGAUCAAAGUCCAAGGUCAACGCCUUGAGCUGCCUGAUGUUGAGGCCAACAUAACACGUGUUCUCGGAGUGCAAGACGUCGGAGUGGCGUAUCACAAGCCCGCGGGCGGGCAAGACGGCAUUCUAACGGCGUACCUGGUUCCUGACCGAGACUCCGAGCAAGGCGCUGUCGAACUUACAUCGGCAGCCCUUACCUCAGCAAUGCCUACUUACAUGAUACCCGAAGCAUUCUAUCUAGUCCAGCGGGUCCCAGUGACCUUGAACGGAAAGGUGGAUCGUAGAGCGUUGGCAAGCAUGGCGAAUGUUGAUCAGCAGGCAAGAAAGAACUCCCAGGCCAUCGUCCACGGUGCCGACACCGACGCUGAAGGCAUCGUGUGCCAGCUGUUUGCGUCCAUCCUCGGCGGCGGCGUUGCCAUCUCUCCCGACACCAACUUUAUGCAGCACGGCGGCAACAGUCUCAUGACGACGAAGCUGCGUCAUGCGCUACGUGCCCGCUUUGGCGUGACUAUCCCAAUUGGGAAGAUUCUUGAAGCACCGACGCCGCGAGAAUUAGCCCGAAAGAUCAGUCAGUCUCGUCCGGAAACCGAAAAGCCCUCAAUACUCGGCCAGGGGUCGCUAGAUGCAGGUGAAGCUUCCGAAUUGUCCUUUGCCCAGCACCGAAUGUGGUUCCUGGCCCAGCUACACCCCGAGGCUCGCUGGUAUCAUUGCGAGGUCAUGCUCGUCACCAAGUCUCGAUUGAACGAAGACAUACUAGACCAGACCUUUGCCGACAUCUUUUCCCGGCAUGAUAUCUUGCGCACUGUAUAUUUCGAGGACAAUGGCGUACCGAAAAGCAGAGUCACCAACCAUACUGCUUCUCUGAGGAAAGUCGAUGUCGAAGGCUCCUUUGAAGAUGUGCGACAGGUCUGUCAUGAGGACUUUAUUGCACCUUACGACUUCACGAGCUCUCCUCCCGUCAGAGCCCUCUUGGUUCGAUGGGGCGACAGGCAUGUUGUGAUGGUUUCGAUGCACCAUAUCGUACACGAUGGUUACUCUCACAACAUCUGGAACCAGGAGUUGAUGCAGGUAUACAACAGCCUCCACUCUGGCAAAUCGUCGCCGCUGGCCCGGCCACUUGUCCAGUAUCGAGACUAUGCCAAGUGGCAACACUCCAGUGAAUACAAAAGCCUGGUUGACUCGCAGCUCGAAUACUGGAUCCCUCAUCUUCAAGGAGCGCAGCCCGCGCGAUUUGAACCAGACUUUACUGAGCUCCCAGAGGGUGCCGAUCUCGGUGAGGCUGGCAGCAUUGUUCUGCACUGCGGUCAAGAACGCAGAGCCAAGCUGGAUGCCGUGAAGAAAUCACUGGGGUCAACGUGGUUUAUGUUGCUGUUUGCGGCUUUCAGAGCUGUUCAAUUCGAGGUGACGGGGCAGGAAGAUGGCAUGAUUGGCUUCCCCAUUGCCAAUCGCCACAAGCCCGAGCUGGUUUCCCUACUGGGAUUCUUUGUGAACACGCAGAUCCUUCGCCUCAAAUGCGCAGUCGGCACCCCAUUUUCCGAGCUCGUGCGACAGGCACGAGAUCUCUCGAUCAAGGCCUUUGAUAACCAAGACGUUUCAUUCGAUACGCUGGUCAGCAUGCUGCGGCCCAACCGCAGCCCCACGCAGAACCCAUUGACUGAAAUCAUGUUUGCUUAUCAAACCAUUGAAGAGGGCAAAAUCAUGAUGGGAGACACGGUUGCCGAAAAUGGAUUCCUCAGAGCAAAGCUAUCGCGAUUCGAUCUUGAAGUUCAGUGGUAUGAGGAGCCCGAUGACCUCCGCCUCGAGCUUGUCUACCGAGCCAAUGUCUUCAAGUCUUCCACUUUUGAAACAAUUGGACAAAAGAUGUUCGAGUUCCUUGAUGCCAUAAUCAUCAAUCCCAAUCUAGAGCUGGCCACUUCGCGCCCAGAGAAUUUGCUGGCGAGUCGCCAAUCACCAGCCAAAGCAUACUGGGAUCGUACCCUCGAUGGAUUCAAUAGCAUCAAACUGGCUUUGAGCUCCACACGCCCUGAGAAGCUUGACACAAAGGCACAGAGCUUCGACCUCGAGCUGCCAAGCAGCAUUACUCACACGGUUGAGACUGUUGCUGAAGCACUCGGUAUCUCAACGGCAGCUUUGUACACUACUGCAUACCUCUUGACAAUGGGAAUCUACUCGGACCAAGACGAUCUUAUCAUUGGCAUCCCAAACCUCGGACAAGAUCAAGACUCGACAGUCUCUAAAGUACUUCCCUUACGAGUCUUCUUUGGGUGGAACGACUCGCAGCUGAGUCUCGUCCAAAAGGUCCACGACAGCAUUGCUGGCGCUAUUGAGCAUAGCCAGAUUUCCUUCCAAGGCUUGUGCGAAGCGGCUGAGGCUGAGGGGGCCUCAAAUCGACAUGCUCUAUUUCAACACGUCUUCAGCCAUGACGGUGACACCCAUGAGAAGACUUCAGAGUUUCUGCGCAGCAAUUGCGCGAACGCCUGUCACGCAUUCGAUCUUGCUGCCUCUAUCAAACGACAAGACAGCCAGGCAUACAUAAGCUUUGCGUACCAAGCGUCCUUGUUCUCUGAAGAUGCAAUCGUUGGAAUGACGAGCACUUAUGCUCGAGUCUUGAGCCAACUAGUUGAUCAGACACGCUUCGACAAGGAACUAUGUAGCCUGGUGCUGUCUGACGGUGAUCCUGGUAUUCGCUCCGAUUCAAGUGCGGAGUCUCUUAUCGAGCUAUUCGAGUUCUUUGCCAAGUCACGUAGCUCAACUACUGCCGUCGUCUGCGGUGAUGAGUCUCUGACAUUUGAGCAGCUCGAUAGACGAGCGACCCGCCUGGCCAGCUAUAUGAAGGCCAAUGGCUUGGGCAAAGGACAUUUCAUGGCCCUGAUGGUGUCACCGACGCUUGACAUGAUUGUCUGCAUUUUGGCAGCUUGGAAGGUCGGUGCGGCCUAUAUCCCCGUCUCGCCGAAAUGGCCCGGCUUGCGGGUAAAGCAUAUUCUCAAGGAUUCAUCGGCGACGCACUUUGUCACCACGCGAGAGCAUGCUGCAGGAAAGCUCGAAGAUGAAAUCCCAGCUGUUAGCAUGGUCUAUCUCGAUGAUCCCAAUUUUGAAGUUUUGCUAGAGGCCGCGCCAUCUGACUUUUCGACGACAUUUGUGUCCAGUGACUCCAUCUCUCAUUGUUUCUACACUUCGGGGACCACUGGCGUGCCCAAGGGCGUGUUGCUUCGGCACCGUGGAGUGCUGAAUCUUCGGCGAGAUCUGCAGCCACGUUACUUUGGAGGCUCAGAUAUGAUCCAGAAAGUGACAAUGAUGUCGGACUUUGUUUUCGACUUUUCUAUGGAGCAAUUCGCGCUCGCAUUUCUCUCGGGUAACACCCUCGUCAUGUUGCCUGAUGGCCCGACAGGAGACGACAAAUUUUACAAAUACUUGAGUGGCCAGAAGAUCACUUACAUGAGCGGAACUCCAUCAGUCCUUUCUCGACUCGACCUUUCCAAACUUAGCGACUUGCGCAUGAUGACAGUUUCUGGAGAAAUGUUUCUUCCAAACCAUUUCGAACGCAUCAGGACAGGAUUUCACGGCCCCAUCAACAACUCAUCAGCACCAACGGAGUGUUCCAUCUACAACCUACUUCAUCGGUUUGAGGCUGACGAUCCUUUCAUCAACUGUCUUGGGCGUCCAAUUGCUAACCACCAGGUCUAUCUGCUGAGCGAGGCACUACAGCCGGUGCCCCAAGGUGCUCCUGGAGAGCUUUUCAUUGCUGGACCUGGCGUUAGUGCUGGCUAUCUCAACCUGCCGGAACAGACCGAGAAGAAGUUCUUGCCGAAUCCAUUUGUCCAAGCACAAGAGUCGCCAAUGUAUGCAACCAUGUAUCGGACAGGCGACAAGAUGCGCCAGCUAGCGGAUGGCAGAAUCCAGCCCAUGGGUCGUCGGGAUGAUCAAGUCAAGCUCCGCGGCAUCCGAAUUGAGCUGAGUGAGAUUCAACAAGUCAUGGCCACGUGCCCUGACAUUGUCGAAUGCGCAGUAGUGCCCAAAUUCAAGGGUGAGGACAAGACUGGAAACGUUGAUUUCCUCGUCGGAUACUAUACUACAAGCUCGGAGAGCCUCAGCGAGGGCGACAUCAAAACAUUUCUCGAGAAGCGCUUGCCUCCGGCGUACGUUCCAAGCCGUGUCGUUCUAGUCCCUGGGCGCCUGCCAACCACCAUUCAGGGGAAGCUGGAUCUUCGCCGCUUACCCGAAGUUGAGAAAUUGUCCGAGGAGGUGCCCCGAGAAGCUGCACGCAACGCAACCGAGGCUGAGCUCUGCCGCAUAUGGGGCGCGUUGCUCGGUAAUGAGGUAGGUAUCCACGACAAUUUCUUCGACGCUGGAGGAGACAGCAUCAUGUCGAUCCAACUCAUUCACGAUAUGAGUCGUGCUGGGAUCCACGUUACAGUCAAAGAUCUCUUUGCCCACCCCACCGUGGCCCGUAUUGCAGAAUUCGCCGCCAAAAAGUCAACCAGAAAGGUGAAAAAGAUCGAGGCUGAACAAGGCCUGCUCACUGGGGCAUUGCCGCUGAGCCCCGUUCAGCAAUGGUUUUUCAACAAGCAGUUCACUAAGCAGGACCACUUUAACCAAAGUUUCAUCAUUCACACUCCACGCCUGGAGGGCGAGACGCUCAACAAAGCCUGGAUCGCGCUUCAGGAACGCCAUGACGCCCUGAGGCUCUCGUUUGAAUUUGGGAACGGCACGAUAACCCAGAAGUAUCAACAAGAAUCAGCAAACCCAAAUUUACUGGUGUUCGAGGACAAUGACUCGAAACUAGCGGCUAAACUUGACAGGCUGCAGUGUUCGCUGAGUCUCGCAGAUGGGCGCGUUGCAGUGAUGGCAUACAUUGCAUCUACAAACUCGGAAACUGAUACUGUAUGGAUGGCUCUACACCAUCUCGUCACUGAUGUGGUGAGCUGGCGUAUCAUGACUCGGGACUUGCAGAGUCUAUACAAUGGAAAGAGUCUUUCGGCCAAGUCAAGCAGUCUUCGACAGUGGAACACGGCACUUCAGCAGUAUUCUCCGACCAUGGCAGAAGAAGCGUACUGGCGAGAGGUGCACGAGAUUUGCCAGCAGGAAGUGCUUGAUGCUGAAAACAAUGAGCUGAGUGGUGCCUCCAUCCAGCUCUCGGAGGUGAAUACCAAGCUUCUGUCGCGUUCCGGUCCCAGAGUGCUCGGCAGCAGCACCUUGGCAAUCCUCCUCACGAGCGUCAGCCGUGCUCUCACUUCAUGGCACGGGUCUAAUCUGCCCGUCACCCUCGAAGGUAUCGGUCGUCAGGAUCUCUCGUCCACCUUGGACGUAAACAAUACGGUUGGGUGGUUUACGACCAUGUACCCAUUUGUGGCGCCGACCACUGAAGACCUUGCUUCGCACGUGUCGGUAGUCACUAGAGCCAUCAAAGAUGUGCCUCGCAAAGGUUUCGGUUACGGAAUCUUGCACGGAUACGACAAUAUCCCGGGCGUCACUUUCAACUACCUUGGCCAAGUCGAGAACCACGCCGUGGCUGGGAAUGCAUGGCGGCUGGGAGCGACUUCGGGCUCGCAAUGGGGAAGGAACUUUGCUGAAGAAGACAGCCACUUGGUGGCCGGUUCCCUGACUUUGACCGCCAGGAUCGAGAACCGGGUCUUGCAUUUCGAUAUUGCCGGCUUUGUCGGUGAUGAGCGUGCCCAAUUUUUGCAGCAAGCUAUCUCGUAUGCUCUUGAUGAGAUCGUGGAUCUUAUCCUGGAGAAGGUUACUGCAUUGGACAAUGGAGUCCAGGUAUUGACAGAGGAAAAUGACAUGGUUGAGGAAGAGAAAGCCGGGGAGCCAACUGCGGCCGACAAAUUCAUUCCUUUCUUCCACUUUGACGAAGCCCCACGCCAAGGGCCAACGGUCUUCUUGCUGCCGCCCGGCGAUGGCGGUGCCGAGUCCUACUUCAACAACAUCGUCGCACAACUUGACGAGCCAAGACUCGUGACAUUCAACAACUAUCCCCUAGCACACCCAGAGGCAGCCGCCGAGGAGACUUUUGAGACGCUGGCGCAACGCUACAUAGGCUGGCUGCGUGAGAUUCAACCUCAAGGGCCUUACCACCUCUUCGGCUGGUGCUUUGGGGGCGUUCUAGCCUUUGAAAUCUGUCGCCAGCUGACCGAGGCCGGUGAGACAGUCGCUUCGCUCUCUCUGGUGAAUUCAUUCCUCAAUCUUCAGCACAACGCUCGUGCAAGCGGUCUGGACGAGGAGAGCACCAUCAGCAAGCUAGGCAUGCAUCCCAUCAACUGGAGGUAUCAGCCGGCGCCCAUGGAUCCUCAAAUUCUGCAGGAUCGUUUGGGACACGUCAAUUUGUUCAAGGCCGGUGCGUUCCAUGACCCAGAUCGAGAGCACUUGGGCAUCCACGAUCUUUACAAGGACAUUCCGCUGAAUGGUCUGGAUGCUUUCUUGCCUCCAUCGAAGAUUGACAAGGUCGUCAUGGAUGGUAAGACACAUUACAGUUGGAUCAAGGACAAGAAAACCGUUGGGACCAUCGUAGACAUUAUUCGGAGCUGUUUGUAA